AAGAGAUGAUGUAAAGAUUAAAAACAAACCAUUUGAGAGAAGGCACGUGCCAAUUUGCUCCCAUGUGGAUCGGUUCCAUGGAAGACAACACAUUUCACAGAUUGUUACCUUCUACAACUCAACAUUGGCGAUCCUCUUCGCACCCUUCUAUUUAGUUGGGAUUGAGAGAAAUUAAGCACUACGGCAAAGUUGGCUCUGUUUUCAAAAGAAUACAGAGAUGGGGUGGCGUUUUGAAGAUUACGGCCCUGCAUUGGCUAUGGUGGGUUUACAGUGUAUUUAUUCUGUUCUUGCCAUCUUCAGCCGAGCCGCUUUGGUCCAUGGCAUGAGCCCUAGGGUCUUUGUUGUUUACAGAAAUGCCAUUGCCACUCUAACCAUGGCCCCUGCUCUUUAUUUCUCAACAAGGAUAAGUGGCAGCAGAAUUUUCAUCGGAUUCAGAGGCUUUUCUCUCAUAUUUAUCACUGCUCUUAUUGGAGUAACGGGCAACCAAAAUGCCUAUUUUGAAGGACUUUACUUAUCCUCUUCGUCAGCUGCAAGUGCCAUCGUUAAUUUAAUACCAGCCAUCACUUUCGUUAUGGCAGUCACUGCAGGAUUAGAGAAACUAAAAGCAAGAAGCUGGAGAACUGCGGCAAAAAUAAUAGGAACAGUGGUAUGUGUGGGUGGAGCUGCUUCAAUGGCCUUAAUAAAAGGCCCUAAAUUAUUAAACGCGCAAAAUUUGCCUAAAAAUAUUAGCUUUCUCAAUAUGUUGGGAGCUGUCCAUCCCGAGGGAGACACGUGGCUUCUUGGCUGUGUACUUCUCUUUGUCAGCAGUUGCUUUUGGGCAUUUUGGAUCAUCAUGCUGGUUCCAAUUUCAAGACACUGUCCAGACCCAAUAAUUUCUUGCACAUGGUUGUUAUUCAUCGCUACAAUACUCUCAGGCGUUUUUACAGUUCUUGUAGACGACAACACAAAAGUCUGGAAUCUUCCUUCUCUAUUACAGUUCGCUACUUGUUUAUAUGCCGGAACAAGCUCGGCAUUGUCGUUUUUCGUUCAAUCUUGGUGCGUUUCACGAAGAGGCCCUCUUUUCACUGCAUUAUUCAACCCUGUUUGUACAGUCAUCACAACAUUCGUUUCUUCUCUAUUUAUGCACGAACAGCUCUACUUUGGCAGCUUGAUGGGUGCUAUUGCAGUGAUAAUUGGGUUGUAUAUUGUAUUAUGGGGUAAAGCUAAAGAUGUUGAAGAAAUGAAACGACGACGUGCUGAAGUUCAAAAUGGGAUUGAUGAUAAUUCUGAGAAGAAUGAUAUAGAACAGCCAUUGUUAUGUGAUGAGGAGUCUGAUGAAACAAUCAAACAUGAUAAAGUUUGAGGAAUAUUAGAUUUGAUUUCAUGAUCGCUAAAUUUUUUUUUGUAUUCAAGAGAUGGGAUUAGUGAAAGAUACAAGAAUAUUCUGUUUUGUUUGUUUUGGUGUUGCAUUUUUUUUUUCCUGUAAUUUUCACCUCAAAAUUGUGUUUUUGUGGAUCACGAGUCGUUGGGCAAAGGUUUUGGAAGUAUGUGUACAAAGUCUUAGAGCUUCUGACAAGUGAUUAGUAAUAGAACAUGUGACACGUGAUCAACUCCAAUCCUACGUGUAUUCUGCUAAACAUGGCCCACCAUACAUCUGUGUUCGUACAUCUGUGUCUAUAGUUUGUAUAAAACUCCAAUGCAAUAUUGAAGCUUUUAAA